CGGUCGACGACUGUCUUUGUGUUUCACGAGAAGGUGUGCCGCCCGGAUUUUACCCUCAGCCGCAGCACCGUCAAUGCGGGUGUUUGCAGAACUGUGAUGUUGCGCCAUGUAGACCUUGAGCUUUUCAGUAUCGGCAUCCUCUGGAGGUUCCCAUCUCGAUUCGUGUGUCUUCUGGUUGAAGUAGUACGGGAGGUUCUUGGAAUUGGAAUGGCGGACUUCCCAGUCGGGGGGUAGGCCAGUGUCGGUCUAUUUGUCAGGGCUGGCUCGUACACUGGUUGUAGUGAGCCUGCGCCUGAUGUUGAACUGAUAUCCGCAGGUGGAAGAGGCGCAAUCGGGUGGGGGUGAGUACGUAUUUAAGACUCGUCUUCUUUGUUGUCGUUGUUUGCCAACGUCUUUCACCACCAACAGAUUAAGGUGGGAGUGGAAAAGAAGGAGUAUGGUAGAGGAGGUCGGUCACUUGACACUGUGUGGAUAUAAAAUGGAUGGGCGAUCGAGCACCAGAGUUGAGGGUGUGGUAGACUCUGGUUGAGUAGAUGAUGGGAGAGUCAGGUGCUUGCUAAUGGUGGUCUGGGUGUCCGAGGCCUUGGGAUGCCAGGCACAGACAUUCACCAGGCUUGUGUUUACGUACUAUGCGGUGUUGCUGCCCAGGCACUCGGCUCGCCUACUGAAUUAGUGAGCCCACCUGGACUUGCUUUACUCGGUACCUUGCUGCAGGUAACAAUCGACCUGCGCAAGGCCUGACUCCCGCCCAUGAUCAACGCGGGGCAAAUUUUCGUCCUGAUUGCCGCUCCUAGGGCCAAAAUCCAAUGUCUACACGUUCAUCAUCCUCUUGUUGACCCAUUACUCGAUCUUUAUUCAAACUAACGGUUCAAAUCGAGAAUUCAUUCUCACACUCAGCGCGUCUUCUAUGACCAAUUGAAAUUCCACCCCGAUCCUUGUUAUCUGUUGAGAUUUCGCCGCCAGUCUUCUCUCCGUCGAUAGACUUGUACAUCGCGACAACAACAACGUCUGACAAAAUCGCACUCACUGCACUACUCUCGGAUCUUUCUCGCGUCACAGGCUCUUUCUUUUCACACUCGCGACUAUGUCUGCAGCAGCGUCUCCUGCACCGUCAGAAGGUGAAUCCAAGAGAGGGGAAGUGUCUUAUAGAUUCUGUCAAGAAUGUUCCAACCUCCUCUAUCCAAAAGAAGACCGAAACACAUCGACUCUGCUCUACAUUUGCAAAGCCUGCCAUGCUACCACCACACAUGACUCGGCAUGCACCUACCGACAACAACUGGGUGCCACAGUGCAGGAAACAGCUGGAGUGACUACAGAUGUUUCAAAUGAUCCAACUGUGGGUUCUGAUUCUCUCGAAAUCCCUCUAUGUUUCUGUACCUUUUGUGGAGAGCGUGUGAGAUGCAGCAAAUGCGAAGAUAAAGCUAUGGAUGAUCCGGACCUUUCUGGAUCUCUAGAAAGCUCUCCGAGUCCACCAUCGCUCUGAGUUUAUGUUGUUUUUCCAGACACCCAGGCUGACAGGUCGCUUCGAACAUAGCUUCCUAGGGCAAACACCAGAUGCCCAAGGUGUCGGGAAACAGAUGCAGUCUAUUUCCAAUCUCAGCAACGAGGCGCUGAAACGGGAAUGAAACUCUACUACGUAUGCGUUGCCUGCAAUCAUGUCUACACAAGCGUUUGAGCACGGUGUUGGAGGACAUUGAAGCAUGAUAUCCUACCUAGGCAUGCAUAUUUCCAAGGCGUUUGGUUUGCGGUAAAUCAUCAGAACGAAAUUACGAGGGAUACCCAGCAUGCACACCCCUAGUGUUCAGGGAGUUCAGGAUAGCAUUGUACUGUCGCAGAAUUGACUGUUUUAUUUCGCAUACGACUUCCAUAUUCCUACAUUUUGCUUUUUGACUACAC